AUGGAGACGAUGGGGUUUGAGUUUCAACGAAUACUGAGGGACUUAAUGAACAAAUGGGAAAUCCAAGCUUACGUUAUAGCUAGCCUUGCCUUUCAAAUGGUGCUGGUUGUGCUGGCGCCCAUGAGAAGAUGGUCCAAGAACAACUUCAUGUUUCUGGUCAUCUGGUCCGUAUAUCUACUCGCAACCUUCAUUGCUACCUUUGCCUUAACGCUCAUCAACAGCAGCGGCGACAGAUCGGAUGAUAUCUUGGCGUUCUGGGCGCCGUUUCUGCUUGUCCACCUGGGCGGACCUCACACCAUCACUGCAUUGGCCAUGGAGGACAACAAUUUAUGGCGCCGCCAAAUGCUCACCCACAUUGUUCAGGUCUUCUCGGUUCUCUCUGUUUUCUACACCUUCAAAAUCUACCGAAGCGAAUGGCGGGUCCCGACGGCGAUCGUCUUUGCCGACGGAAUCAUCAAGUGUGUUGAGCGAACCCACUCCCUCCACCUAGCAUCUCUCACGUUUUUGAGGAGGUCCAUCCGGCAAAAAACAAGAAAACAGGGGAAAAAAAAGGGACGACAAAUAACGUUGGUGGAGAAGGAGUACGAGGUUGUCCGGAAGUGGUACGAGGGCUACCAAACGUUCAAAGGAUUCAUCAUUGAUCACACGUUUGUCCACGACGAGUGUGGGAAAGACAAGGAGUUUUUCUCCAGGAUAGAUGAAGAGGAUGCUUUUAAGGUGAUGGAGGUGGAGCUCAACUUCAUGUACGAGGCCAUGUUCACCAAGAUGAUUGCCGUCCAAUUCUACUGGGACAAUUACCUCGGAUACAUAUUCCGGUUCGUGUCUCAUGCUUUGCUUAUAACCGCGGCGGUCAUGUUUUUCUGUCAUUCCAAACAAAACCUUCGUCUCCAUGACAUUAAAGUCACCUAUUACUUGCUGGGUUGUGCUCUUUCGUUGGACGCCAUAGCUUUUGCCCAUCUCAUAUUCUCUGAGUGGACCAUGGUUAAAAUAAUGACAUCAAAGGCACCGUCACUGCAAGUGAAGAAGACAAUUCUGGGAAUGAUCUACGCCGUAAAGGAAUUGAUUACGGCGAAGAAGCGUUGGUCAGGGAAGAUCCGACAGUACAGUCUGAUCAACCACUCCUUAAACAGACGGUGGAAACAUGUGGAACCGAUACUAGACUAUGUUUCGCUCAAGGACAGCAUCGAUCUAUGUCUGCACACGACAACUGCUAAGGUUGAACAAAGGUUGAAGAAGCUGGUUCUAUAUGACAUCAAGAAGAAGGAAGGAAAACACACAGCAGAAGGGCAUGAUGAAGACGCCCAAAACCUCACCAUAAUUCUCAAUAGAAUAAUACUUCCCUUUGUUGAGCACCACAAGAACGAGCAGAAUUAUUAUGCCAAGUUCGUGUUAACUCUGCAUCUUGCUACAGAGAUAUGCUACUUCUUCACCAUGGAUGACAACGGGGAAGAAGAAGAUCCGAAUGCAGGGUUAUGCAAACAAAUCUCGGAGUAUUUGGCGUUCCUUCUUGUGAUGGAAGGGAAUAUCACGUCUGCUAUACCGGGACAUAUAGGAAUAAGAUUUAAGGAUAUAUGUUGGGAAGAAUUCGAGCACACACUUAAGGACCUCGACAACACCUUCAAGGAUGCAGACAUAGAAAGACGGGAAGCUUGUGAAUACUUGGUGAAUGAGUACAGCGAGGGGAUGCAUAAAAAUGAGAACAUUAAUUUAUCAGUAUUGCCCAAGGGCGUUGGACUGGCAAGGGAUUUGAUCAAGUGUCGCAGCAUUUAUACAAGAGAUGUUGAAAACCAGACAUCAGAAGUAAGAGUCAAUCCUAGGGUGUUGUGGGCAAGUCUGAGUCGAGUGUGGGUAGGGCUGCUGGUGUAUGCAUCCAGCCAUUGCAGAGGAGAUGUUUACUACCUGGCCAAAGGUGGAGAGUUUCAUACAUUUGUUCGCCUUUUGAUGGCCCAUUUUGGGCUAAGAGAUAGUCUCAGAGGAGAACGUGGAUUCGAACCUAACCAAGAGAUUAAUUAA